AUGUCCAUCCAGAAUCCUCGCUCCCCGCCCUACCAUCCUCAGUCUAACUGUCAGGCGGAGCGUUUUGUCGACUCUUUAAAGAGGGCCCCUUUGAUAGCCCGUGGGGAGGGGACCACGGACGACAUAGUCCAGGCGUUCCUGUUUUCCUACACGACAACACCGAACCCGGCGUCCCCUGGUGGCGUUUCUCCUGCCGAAGCGUUGAUGGGCCGAAAACUGUGGACAACAUUUCAUGCACUCGUCCCUACCGGUGCGCAUCCCGCGCAUACUUCUCCAGUCUCUCGCAGCAUGCUCUCCAUCGGAACACCUGUCUUCGUUCGUGAUUAUCGAGCGGGGUUCCCAGACUGGAUUGAAGCAACCGUAGUAGCGGACAGAGGCAGUAUGUUGUUUGACGUCGACGUUGGUGAUGACAUCUGGGUUCGCCACCACAACCAGAUCCGACAGCGACACUGCAGUAACACAAAUGGGCUUGAGUCGGAGCCGUCACUCUCCCUUGACAUCGUACUGGAUAUCUUCGCCAUUCCGGCAGAUCAGUCGGUUCCCGAACCCAGUUCUGCGCCCCCUUCGGAUAUACCAUCUUCGGUAUCAGUUACCGCUCACAUAUCUCCAGGCAUUUAA